CCGCUUGCUCAGCCCUCAGUGCAGGAUUGGCCUUCCAGCGCUGCAGCCAGCCAGCAGGACAGAGCCUGGUGCCAGUGAGGCUGAGAUAGCAGAGCCAGCAGAACCCAGUGCAGAGCCGAACCAUGGGAGUGGAUAUCGAGACUAUCACCCCAGGAGACGGUACCUUGAUCUUAUUCUCUAUUUAUUAAACCAGGGGUCCUUAAUAAUGCCCCCCCCCAGCAGCUCCCUUCCUGCCCAUCCCCCCCUUCCUGUAGGACAUGGUGCAGGGCAGGGUCUGUCCCAUGCUUCCUGCUGGGUACCCUGGGUGUGGAUCCUGCAAAUAACGGGGUACCGCUUACAUGGCUGCCUUACUGGGCAUAGAUGAGAUCUACAGAAAGCUGGAUUAUUAACAUAAACAGCAUUUAAUGACAGGGGUGGCCAAAAAAAGGAUAUAGAACUACAACUCCCACGAUCCUUUGUCAACUGUAGGGCUGGCAAAGCAUCAUUGUAUUGUAGUCCUGCAACAGCUGGGUCCACAUUUUGCCCACCCUGCAAAAAUGCAAACAUUAAAAAAAUAUAAAUAUAUAAUUAUUUAAUUUAUUUUUUUUGCAGGGUGGGCAAAAUGUGGACCCAGCUGUUGCAGAACUACAAUACAUUUUUUAAUUUUAUUUUUUAACUAAUUUUUAUUUUAUUUUUUUUUUAUUCGGGGGUUUUGUUUCUGUAUUUCACAUGGUUAUUGUCAUUUGCUUUUAAUGUAUGUGUCUGGUUCCCAAGGUGUUCCAGUGAAGAGAUAGCUUGUAGCGACAAUACAUUAAAACCUGAUUAUUGGGGUCUAGAUUGCUAAUCCUGGCUGCUAUUAUGAGAGGAGAGCGGGGAUGCACACAGUCAGUCCAUGCUGUGUGUUCUUUAUGGGAGGCUCACACUGAUCACUGAACCUUGCAAUGUAACAGGAGCUGCCUUUACACACUGAGAACGGGGUUCUUAGAAAAUGUCAGGGGUAAGCUAUUAGUUACUAUGUAUAACAUCCAUCUUCCUCCAUGGAAAGAGUAAAACGCUUAAAUCUUACUCCUGCAAUAUGGAUCUCGCAGAAGAUAUGAGAUGGGGGUAAUAAUUACCAUAAUAGAUCCUCUUAGAAAUAAUAACUUGGCUCUUAAAGUACAUUCAUAAAACAAAAUAUUCGGUGAACAGAUUGAUUUAGCCAUAGUCUAGUAUCUAUUUACCGAAUAUACCAGACUGUAUAGAUACACUAUAGAUAAAAUUAUCAAUGUACAUCACAGCUAUUUGUCAUUGAGUAUUUUUUUUUUAUUCGUUUUUUACAUUGUAUCAUUUUAAACAUGCAGCUUUUUAUUGACUAAAAUUUACAUAAUUUAAGGAUAAAAGAGGAAGUCGUAUAGACCUGUCAAUUUAUGGUAAAAAACAAAAACAAACCGGAGCUGAAGUGCUGUCAAAUUUCUCAUCUUUGGCUUCUUCAUUUAUUCCGUUGACUUGUGUGAGAGACAUAAAUAUAUAUCCAGUUGUUUCUUGGAAAUCCAAACACAUUCCAUGAAUAAUGGAUCAAGACCAUCAACUGGUUGAACACACAUUAAUCUUGAAUUGCAUGGCAAGGAAAUAUCUGGAGUGCAGUUCAGUAGAUUUGAGUUGCUGUACUGAAUAUCUAUUUAUUUUUGCCAUUCUUAAGACUGGUCAAGUGUCAUGGUUACUUGGCUACUGCUACGGUAGAGGGAUGUAAAUAAUCCAGAAUAGGGGAGAAGCUUUUCCUUUUUCUUUGUUGCACAAAAAGAUCAAGUGAUCAUCUUAGUCUUUCAAAGAUGGUUCCUACCAUUCACACCUUGCUAUUUCUGAUUGUCCUGAUGAUCAGAAAAAUAGGAUGAUGGAGGUCAGACAAAUUGGAGCUAUUGUCAGCAACUGUAUCGCAGAGAAAUGCUAAUUCCAAUACUGGAGCCAAAUCACUAGCCUCUAUAUUAAAUAAUUCAUUGGCCAAGCCAGAUGGAGAAAGAUAUGUAUGAUCCUCUAUCCGUAUGGAGACUUUAUGGUCUCGAAGCUGUUCACAAUUUGAUUUACCUAAGACUAAAAAUGGCAAACGCAAGCAGAACACCAAACGUUCGAACCAAAUUCUUCAACUGUAUUGAUAAGAAUAGACAAGAUUGAUCUGCAUUUGAAUGGAACAUAUAGACCCAAAUAUAAUUGCUAUUUUAGACUACAUGUUCCCUUCUAGUGAAAUAAUCAUUGUCUAUCCAAUUGCUCAGUAAAAUUUUGGCAAAAUAAAAAUUACUUACCUUGUUCACAGCGCUGAGACUCCUCCUUCAUUGAUGUUGGCAUCUAAGCUCAAUCUUCCCUAAUCCAUUCAUUCUCUCAAAGAAGAAAUGGGUUGGAAGUAGGCAUGCCAGGACAUCUACACCCAUGUCAAUAAAAUGGUCGAGGUGCUUUUAUUGGUCAACCAAUAGGAACUCAUCCAAAAACAUGAUUCUUCCAGUGAUGGAAAACAUAAUUUAAGUUAGUUCGAGACGCCUACUAAAAAAAUUGUUUUGGUCAUGGGGCAAAUCACAGUUUAAAGGAUUACUCCAACCCUUAUGUAAACUAUGUAUAUUUUUUAAAAUAUAUAAUGCCAUGCAGAGCAUUACUAUUAGGUUCCAUUCCCCCCUCCCCCACCAGAUAAACCCUGUAAAGUUUUUAACAUACCUGAAAUCCAGCGCGUGGCAAAGCUCCCGGUGCUGAUCUUCCACAGCCUGUUCUUAAAUGACCACUAUAGUGCCAGGAAAACAAACUCUUUUUUUCUGGCACUAUGUAGUCCUUAGGUCCCACCCUCAUGGCCCCCCUCCCGCUGGGCUGAAGGGGUUAAAACACUUACCUUUCUCCAGCGCCGGGCUCCCUCCUGCCGACGUCAGCGCUGAACGCGCGCGCAUUAAAACCGCCCAUAGGAAAGCAUUUCUCAAUGCUUUCCUAUGGACGUCAGCGUCUUCUCACUGUGAUUUUCACAGUGAGAAUCGCUGAAGUGGCCUCUAGUGGCUGUCAGUGAGACAGCCACUAGAGGCUGGAUUAACCCUCAGUGUAAACAUAGCAGUUUCUCUAGGACAUGGGGGACCUGGCACCCAGACCACUUUAUUGAGCUGAAUUGGUCUGGGUGCCUAUAGUGGUAGUUUAAGUCAUCUCAGCACUUCUGCGAUCCAAUCACCAUACUUUUCAUAGAGAAGCCUACGAUUGGAUCGUUUUGCCUACUAGAAUGCAUGCGCACAAUCUGAACAGGAAUGGAGGGUGGUAGGGGGAUUUUAAUUACAAUAAUCCUAUUUAAGUUACAAAGGUAGGUGGGAAGCAGCGCCCCUCGAGUACCCAUGCAGCGCAGUAAGGGAGGGAAAGGUUAUGCCUGCUGCCAACACGCUGCACAGAAUUGACAUUCGGUAGCUGACUAAAUUACUUGUGCUGACGGUGCAACUAGUCUGGGCUACCUAAUCUCAAUUAAAAAAUAACUAAAGCAGAAAUACUGCAAUGCCAGACUGUUACCGCCAUGACCACUUCAAAUCACUGAAGCUGUCACGGUGGUCGAAGUAAGCUUUAAUCAUGGUGAAAUAGAACAACCUUUUAUAUAGUAAGGUGUAUAUUACGCCUAUUAUUGAUGACAAAAUUGAAAAGAUUUUAAUGAGAAAGCUACUAUAAAAGACCUGUGUAAAUCAAUUCAUUCUUCUUGUCAAGAUUGCCAGAUACAUUCCAGGAAUACUAAGAGUUUGCUUUGGCUAAGGAAGUCAUUAAUAAUCAGUCUACUUUGAACUUGGAUAUUUUAUGUGGGUAUAAAAUUUUGCCCUCAAACAGAGCCAAUAUAACAAAUUUAAGGAAAUGUUAAAAAGUUAUUUUUGCUUAAAAAAAAAAAAAAAUCCACACAUUUCAGUUGGCCAACACAAAACCAGUUGAUUAGUUGAUGUUGAUUAGUUUGGUUUUGGAAAGGCUGGCAAACCAUAAACUCAUAGGUGAAUAAUUACCGGUAAAUGGAUUAAAAUGCAGGCAUACAGUCUUCAAGACAACAUAUGGUCUUCAAGAUAUGAUUCCUUAUAAGAUGUCAAUUUAGGCUUGGACCUUUUUGUAGCCUAGGCAGCACUUUGUCUCUAAAGUAACCCUCCAAGCACCAUACUACACCCUCUCACACAUACACACAACAGUCAAACCGUUUUUCAAUGGUGUGACUUCUGGGGUCUGCUAGGAGCUGUUCCACACUUCCACUACGAACGCCGUUAAGUCUGAAACUCCUGAGCAUUCGUUGGCUCUCCUGAUCUCACUGGCUGACAGCGUCCACUCAUUGUUCUCGGCCCAGGAGUUAAGCCAUGCACUGCAAGGUUUAGCUUGGAAUGCUUACAGCUAUCUGUCGUUAGAAGUGGUGGUGGAGACCAGUGCCCAGCAUAUCCCAUAUAAAAAGUCCAACUGUUCUUAAAUGGUUUGACUACUUACACUGGGGUGGGGGAGGGGAGAAACCAGUGUACUCUGAGAACCAGAACCACUACAGCACAUUUUGUUCAGUUAGAUUAUGCAGCCACUGUUUUUUUUUUUUUUUACUGAAUUUUCAUGACCCAUGUGUGUUGUCAGCUGUAUGAUCAAUUAUAAGCUUAGGCAAGUCCUAUCGCAUAUAUUGUUUUGUUUGAGGAUUUCAAUGCCUAGUUAUUGUGCCUUUCAUAACUGAAGUCUUUCACCGUGGAUUGAAAGCGGUGAUGACCCUAAAAAUACACUAUCAGUUCACUGCUAUGGAUUUAAAAAAAAAAAAAAAAGGAUUUACUCACCUUCUCUCCAGUGCCGCCUCUCCCUAUGCGCUGCUGCACACGCCUCCCCAUGCCACCAGGAUUACUGUCUUCGUAGAGGAGCAUUGGGAACAAUAGGCACAGGUGUGGUGCUCGCCACAAUGCACCUAUGAUUCUGCCAUAGAGAAUAAUUGAAUGCAAUGAUUGUCUAUGAAAGACCGCGACUGCAUUGAGCAUGCACGUGUGAUGUCACAGUAUACCGGAGUAAGAAAGCUGAGAAGUAACAGUCCAGGCUCUCCUACCCAGGGGGCUUGGAGGCAUGGCUUUAUGCUGCACUUCCCAGCUUUCAGAAUAUUAAAAAAAAUAAAUUAAAAAAAAUUAAGGGGUUGAGCACGAGGUCUAGGAAUAAAGACAUUAUAUCAACUUAAAUAAGAUGAAGUUGUUAUAGUGCCUCAAGUGUUCAUUUAAUGUAAAUUUUGUUGUGAUUGUAAUACAAUUUAUAUAUUUUUUUUUUUGUGUGUGUCUACAGGAAGAACCUUUCCAAAGAAGGGACAGACCUGUGUUGUCCAUUACACAGGUAAGUUAAACUGACUUUAUACUAAGUAUUAAUGGAAUUCUGUGGGUACGUGUGCUGCUGCUUCGUUCAAUAAAUGUUCAAGUUUUUAAUACAUGUACAAAUUACAUAUAUAGAUGACAGUUUGUUGUGGUCGUACAUUUAAAGGAACACUAUGGUGUUCGGAAUUCAAACAUGUAUUCCUAACACUGUAGUGCUGCAGUGGCUGUUUAGCUCCCCUCAGGUAGCAGUGAAAAGGUUUUAAACUUACCUGUAAAGGGACACUUCGGGCCAUAGUGUGGACCGGUAUUGGUAAAUUAAAGCCAGGUUGGUUGCGGGAAUGCCACACUGUGCUUUCCCCGUUUCAGAGGAGACACCAGUAUCAUGGGUCAGAUGUAGGUUACCCACCAUGUCAGUUGGCUGACAUGAUGCCCAUGUUAGUCCAUGUCGGCCUGGUUGACUUUGACCAGCUGGGAGUAUGGAAGGAAAAGUGGUCAAAGCAAAGGUCUGUGUGACAUAGAAAUACUGUAGGUGAUACAUUGUUUAUUUUGUCAUUCUAAUAACAAUUCUAAUUUUUCCCACAAGCCAGAUUUUACAUAAUUUUCAAUUUGAUAAAGAGCUAACUUUGGGGGAGAACAUUCAUGUAAUCCAAAUGUACUUUUUUUUUCCUGGUGGGGGAGUAAAUUUCCAAUUGGUUUGGGUUAUGUCUACAUCACCAAGAAGGAUUUUCCUACCAUUGUGCCUAUCCUAUUGAACCUGUGGAUUCUUCACUAUUAUCUCAGUAUUUGAGGUUGUGGGCCUUUACCAGAGUGUACAGAGCAAGGUACGGACUACCUAAUCUGUGUCUUGCAGUGCCAUACCACACAGUAUAUUGAUUUUCUAAGAAUUCCUGUCCGGAUCUCUCUGGGUGUGCUCACAUAUUAAUAAUUAAUGCUUUAUGGCUGCUUUUAUUUUUUUGGUGGCCUAUUCAUUUUGCAAACACAAUGAGUAGUUUGUGUUUUAUAGAUGAUAAAGUCCCACUAAGCAUCUCUUCAAUUGUAGCAUUGGCUGAGAACCCUUGAUUAUUAUUACUGUUUUUAGUUUCAUCCACAGUAAUUCAUUUUGGUUUUGCAGUAGUUUUUUUUUUUUUUUUAAUUGUUUAAGGUUUUACAUCUUUUUUGCUAGUCUUAUUAAAAAUCAGAGGAAUAACAAUAAACCUUCUUUUUUUUCUCUCUCUCUCUUUUCAAUAUAUUAAUACCAAAACAUGUGGGGCACUUUCUUUCACCAUGGAGUGUCCUUUUUAAGAAAUGUUUUAUAAGUCUAUCCUUGGACUAAAAUGUCCACCUGCCUCAGGCAGACGACUGUGAGUGAUAGGUUUUGCAGUGCAACAACAGCUGGCAAGGCACCUCAUUAUCACAUUUAACUUAAGCUUGUGGAAUUGAGAGAGGGUUCAACAUCUACACCCCCAUUCUAACCUCUUCAAUCAAGAAGGCUAAGAAGCAGUCAUAUGGGAUAGGUCCUUAGCUAGCCCCACACUUGUUUUCUUAGGAAUUGGAACCCUUACAAACAUUUGCACAUGCACAGUGACCUCUUGGAGCAGGCAUUCAACAUGAGCUGUUGAACCUGUGUAAUUUCAAGCAGGAGAACCCAGAUAUGCCUGCGCACUCUGAAUGAGUGCAUCUGUUGGUAUCAGUGUCUCUUUGUGUAUAUGUCUGUCGCUAGGAGCCAGAGCUAUCUGUCAUUGUCAGUAUGUGUCUGCCUGUCUGAAUGCAUGUGUGCGUGUCUUUAUAACUAUGUCUACUUAACCCCCAGCCCAAUAAAUGCACACUCGAUAGAUCACUAAAAACCUGUCACACCGGCCAGCUGCAAGGCGCCAUUUUCAAAUUUGCUUUAAAAAUAAAUAAUACAUUAGCAAAACGUCUAAUUUAUAUCCAUAGGGAUAAAAAAGGUUUACCUUAUCCAAUGUCUAAUAACAAAGAUAUGUAAACAUUCUCAAUGACAUUCUAUAUGAAUGACGCGGGUUGGCGUUUUGUUCUCUGCUCGAACAACAUCCAUUAAUGUUUUGUAGUAAAAAAUCUGAAUUCAAGGAAUAACCUUCCUGUAGUGUUUGUAAGAAAUAAUACAGAAGUGUAUUUAUUCAGUAGUAUAUUACAUAAAUUGCAUAUAUUAAAAUUGAAUACUCAGAUUGACAGGGUCCUAUUAAAAAUUAACCUUUAAAACAUAGAAAAUCUAGAUGAUUUGUGGCAAGUUCGCAAUUGUGUGCAACUUCUCAGACCGGGAAGUCCAGAAAGGCCAACAUGUGGUAUUGAGGUACAACUCAUGGAUACUGGGUUGGUAUUGCAGGUCAGGGGGCAAAUUAGGGAACUGUACCCUUCUUCAGUCUGUGGACAUCAACUCCCUUCACUACAAUGCAUCCAAGGUGAGAGAGGAGCUGGAGCAGAGUACUACUGUAGCAGAUGACAAUAGAAAAUAAAACUAAAGGGAAUAUGAGGUUGUUCCCUUGGCAACAAAUCUAUUUUUAUUGGAAUGUUAAGAGUAUGCUUAUUAUGUUUUGAUUUCUUUCCCAUACUCUCUAUAAAAUGAUGGCCUCGUGGCACCAUUAUUGUUGGCUUAUUUAACACACCAUUUGUGAAUAUAUCUGAAUGUACCUUUCCUGGUGAAAUGCGUUGUUGUUAUUGUGUCGCUUGACUGUCAAAUAAAGAAUUGAAAAAACAAAAUGAAUGCUAGACAGAAUGGAAGCUUGUCCUCAAUUACCAGUAUACUGAUAAGAAACCUUGGUUAUGAACUAAUGCUUACACUGACCAUGAUAGCAUUAAAUUGUUUUCAGCCAGGUUACAUUUGUAGUGCUGGUUAAUUUGUUAAUAGCCCAUGUUUGUGCACAGCCAAGAUUGCCUGCAAAGCCAAUAGGCUGGAAUGGUCAUAACAUAGUUAAAGGGACAUUGAAGUGGUCUGGGUGCAAUGCCCUAUGUCAAUUAACCCUACAGUGGUCAUUUCUGCAGUUUCUGAGAAAUACAAACUGGAGGCAACCAUUAGUGUUGCCUCCUUUGUCGAUUUUUAUUGGUCACCAACCAUGAUUGGAGUUGGGAGUGUUAUGGUUUUUAACAAAUCAAUAUAUAGUUUUCAAAUAUGUAAUUUUCUUAAUAUGCACAUUAUAAAAUGGAAUACAUCGUAAUAAAAUUUAUUUCUUUUUUAAAUUAUUUUUACAUUAGAACUUGAGCUAGGGUUAGGAUCCCUUUAACGUAUGUCUGUCAUGGGACCCGUAACUUCACUAUAUGAACGAAGUAACUGAUGUCUCAAUCUUCAGAUAUGUGCUGAUAAUGAAGCCAGGGGAGCUGUGCAUUGCUUGGAGAAGUGCUACCAAUAGUUCCAGUAGUGUGGAGGGAGCAGGGUCACCUGGGGAUGGUGUUACAUUUACCUGUAUAAUGGCAUCACCACUGGUGCUGGAGGGGGGGAGGGGAUAAUUAAUUAAUAUUCUCUAAGCAACUACAUAUAUGAUAACGAUUUAUGAUCAGUAAUGUAGUUGUUGACUAAAGAUAUAGAUAGAUAGAUAUUUAUUUAUUUUGUAUGGGGCCGGUCAUCUUGAGGUCUUUGGUCAGAAGCACCAUUUAGCUGACCUUAAAUGGUGCCCAUAUUAAAGACCUAUAUUUUCCUAGACAAUGCAAUGCAAAGUGUGAGGGUGUCCAGCGUCGUUUCACGGAGUCAAACUCCAUGAAACUGCAGAAAGUGCCUCUAGUGUCUGUCUGGUAGAGGAAGUGGUGUGUGUGCCUAUUGUAUCCUUGUAAUUUAUUUUUCCCCAUAGACUGAUUUCUAAACACAUUUAUUGUAGUCUAAGACACAUUACUGUGAGUAUUACUGCUGUGGUGCACAAACCAUAGCUCUUAGAGAAAAGGGACAUUAGGAUUUUGGCCCAAAAUAGGGACUGUCCCUCCUAAAUAGGGACACUUGGGUGGUAUGCUGACACAAUGUAAGCAUGUAGCAUGGGAAAAUGAAAGCAAAUCACUCUUGUCACAAACUCAUGUAUUGGCAUGAUCUGGGGGGGCAACAUGCUUGGUCAGAGAUUGAAAAUAAACUGCAACUUUCUUCCUUGGGCCUGUGACUUUCUGGAUAUUGCGAGAGUUGAUGUUCGAAUGUGAUGAAUAUCUUGCCUGUCUAUUUUGUGUUGCUAUCUACAAACCUGUCCAGUGUGACCCAGUUUCAUAACUUCUCAUCAGGCCUUGGGACAGCGCAUCAAUAUCCGGACGCGUUGGCAUUCAGUCCUGUCCACUUUCAUUAUACCCUGCAGUGUCCUAUUAUUUCUCAUUGAUUCCUUCUUUUCCCCAAGAGAUCAGGGUUAUUUCGAAUAAGAGAAGGACUGAUUGACUUGAGAAAUUGAAUGUCAGAUAACAGUGUUUUCAAUUCAUCUUCUAAACCAAUCCAUUCGAUGUUAAGAAAAUUGAAACUGAAACCAUCAAGAAGGAAUCAUUUGGUUUUUUUUUUUAAGGGAAUAAUUGCACAGUCUAGAUGGACCAGUUGGAUUUAUAUAUAUAUAUAUUAUUGUUAUGAUGACUGGGGUGUUCCUUUAAUGCUUCAUAACAACUUCACCUUAAUGAAGUUGCUAUGAUGCCUGAAGGACCUGUGCUCCGUCUUACUUUAAGGAGUUAAAUUCAUACAUUUUAAUGAACACUGUAACACAAGAAAACAUUUUAAUUAAUAGUGAACCCAUCUGUAAACUGAAGCCAAACUUUUGAAAAAAAUCUCAUAUAUAUAUUCACCGCUUUAUAUAUUAUUAUUUUUUUAGCUUCUAUUUUGCCUAUCAGAUUUAAAUUGUCUGUAAUUAUGUGGUUCACAAAUAAAUCUACAACAUUUCUUUCUACUAUGUUUACAAGGCUUCGGUUUUAACAAUAUAAUUCUGGAGCUAAGUCCAUUUUAUUCCAAAGUGAUACCAGGUUCGUUCGUGGAUGUAUACAUAAUCUGGAAACACUCUACAGGUGUUUUCUGUUUUUGGUAGCUGGAGGAGAUCUUUUAUUUCCGUGAGACGCUAUAACCGUUGUGUAUGCUCUUUGUUUUUUUAUAUUUGUAGGAUUCUAAAGCUGUACAGCUGUAUUCAUCCACUUUAGAAUUUAUGGCUUGUGUCAGGUGCCAAAGAGAGUAUCUAUGAAAUACUUUAUUGAAUGUUUAAAAUAAAUGGGAAUCCAUAAAAAUUUUCAUUUUUUUUUCUUGCUUUCUUUAUUAUUUUUAUUCUGUAGUUAAAUCCUUCUUGGCCUGGGUCUAUGAGUUUAAUUAGAACCUUCCAUUUAAACUAAGAGUGGUAAGCUGUGCAUUUUCAGCCUUGUGACAAUUAACAAAUGUAUUUAUAUUUCCAGACAUUCGUGUGCUCCAGCCAAGGGGCAGGUGGCUGAGGGUCCUUACAUUUCUUUAACACUUGCUUCUUUUUCCAUAACUAAUUUUAGCUUCCCAUAGGAAACCCCCACAUCUAGUUACCUUUAGCAAGCGAUCUUGCUUAGUAGGCAGUGUAGGCAACAGACACAUUAAUAUGACUUGUAAUCUCCAGACAGAUUAGUGGAAUAUUAUGUUACGUGGACCAGCUGAGAUUGGUCUCGGCACAGUAAUAUGUUAGAUUUAGACAUGACAUGUUACUGAAUAAAUUGGGAAACUGGGAUGUGUGGUGCAGAGCUAGAAUGAUGUAAUAACGUAUUCUGUAUAAUACCAUAUUUUACCAUUUUCACUUUUAACAUUACAGAAUUAUCCUUGUCUAAUCCUUCUAAAGAAACCUUAAAAUCUAUGAAUACAGGGGUGGGUGUAUGUAUGUUUAACAUAACACUUCAGUGUUCGAAAUGUAUAUUGGAGUGUUGCAAAUUGAUUUUUAGACUCCGACUCUCUCCUCCCCCUCCCAUCGCAUUCUAAAAAAGUUACGUGCCUCUAAUCCUGCAGAGAGAUGGUUUCUGUGCUGCCAUGAAGAUCUCUCAGGCCAAUUCAAUUCUUCUCAUAGAAAAAGCAUUGGGGUCUUACAGUGCAUACACAGCAAUUUCUGUACCUGCACCAAUCGAUAGCUUCUAUUGGAGAAGCAAUGAAUCUUGUGCCUCUCUACGAGAAGCCCUCAUAUUAAGGUUUCUUUGGAAGAGCACCUGCCCUGCAUUAUGACAGUCAUGUGAGUGCACUUGCAGGUAACUCGUUAUUCACUGCUCUAUAGCCACUAAAAGGGCAACUGUUUUAAAAUGAUAAUGUCAUGGCCGCAUCAGUUUUUUGCCCCCCCCCGGUAGAUCCCAAGUGCCAUAAAACAUUCCACCUUUUAUUUCUUGUCUGGAUCUAUGCCCUAGGAGCCAUCUUGGUGUUCCCUGGACAACGUGUACCGGAUAGGCUUCAUCUGCCCACACUAGCUCGGUCUGUGAAAAUUGCACACAAGCCCAGCUGAACACAUAGAAACAUAGAAUGUAACAGCAGAUAAGAAACCAUUUGGCCCUUCUAGUCUGCCCAAUUUUCUAAAUACUUUUAUUAGUCCCUAUCUUUUAUAUCUAGGAUAGCCUUAUGCCUAUCCCAUGCAUGCUUAAAUCUUUCACUGCGUUAACCUCUACCACUUCAGUUGAAAGGCUAUUCCAUGUAACCACUACCCUCUCACUAAAGUAAUUCUUCCUUAUAUUAUUUUUAAACCUUUGCCCCUCUCAUUUAAGACUGUGUCCUCUUGUUGUGGUAGUUUUUCCUGUAUUAAGAAAUAGCAUUUGCUAUUGCCCAAAUUUUGGACUGCAUUUAGUCUAUUAUUCGUCCAUUCGUCAGAAAGACCACCAAGCGAAUAGAAAUUACAGUGAAUGAAGCAAAGACCGAAUUGCAAUUCAGUCUUAUAUUGUUUGUUUAGUGUAUUACAAGGAGGGAGCUACUGGUUAUGCUGCGAGUAGGGGCAGCCCUACCCACCCAUUAGUGGCGGUUGAGGGCCCUAAGUGAUAAGGAGGGUACCCAUUAUUCCCCCAGCCCCCAUCCAUUGGCAGCAUGUGGUUACUAAUUGUAAAUAACUCUUCACCCUAGUGAUUAGGGGGCCCAUAGUCACCACCCCCCCUCCAUUAAAUAUAUUCUACCUACCCUCCCCCACAACCUAAUAAUACUGGGGGGGGGAACAUAAGCUACAUACCUGUAAAAUAAAACAUUAAUAAUCACCAUUAAUUUUUUGAAUUUUUUUUUUUCCAGCCCCCAAUAAGGCCAAAUAAAAAUCCAGUGCCCAGUCGAACUAUUAAAAUAAUAACAAAAAACCUGCAAUAGGGCCCCAACCUGACGCUUAUGUGUGGGAGCUGGGGGGGGGGAUAGGUUCCAAAGUCUAUGAGAUGAAGGAUCUUACUGGGUCAAGUCUUUGCUUGUAAAUUUGUGAAGUAUAGAAGGAUGGUGUGAUUUACUUGUAGAGCACAAACCAAUAGAGUUAUGGGGAAAACUUUAUUGCGGUGUGUGUAGCUAUAUUAGAGAACAAAGUGGCUCCCCAUUGCUAUUCCCUACUGCUGCGAAGAAAUGGUGUACCCAAAAGAAAAAUGGCCUUUAAUACAAUUUAUUUGUUUGGAGCAACUGGCACUCUGUAGUUUUGUUCUUUUAAAAAAAAAUAUACCUUUUGGUGGAGGUCUUUCUGUUUUUGCGUGGUUUUUAUUUUUUUUUUUUAUAGGCUUUGAAGCAACAGCUGCAGGCAGCCCUAAUUAUUGUUCCAAUACUACUUGCUAUCCAAAUGUGUAACCCACACACGGCCUCCGCAGGCUAUUAUAAUGAAUUAAACAUCACGAUUUCAGAUCUUAUUGCCAAAAAAAUUACAUUACUGCUCAUUAAAGCUACGUAGGUGCCUGUUAUAAACCUAAACCUGUAUAUUGGCAAAUAUAAUAUUUUGCUAUUGGUGUUUUUAAGAAGACUAAAGGUUCUUGCACUGUCCUGUAUUGGACAGCAUCCUCUAUCUCUCGAUCUAUUAUUUUGUCAGUAAUGUCCACUGUGUGAGUGUGUAUUCUAAAGAUACACAGCAGUUUAUACAUAUCACACAGUAGUGUUUUAUAGAACUCUAUAGCAAGAAAGAGAGCAGUACUGUAGACUAUGUAUAAACAGUUAUUUUCCAGGAUUUUAGUUUUUUGUUUUUUUUCAGUUUACAUUUUCUUUUUUUCAAAUUGUAUUUUAUUGGUUUUACAACAAGUGGGCAAAACACCGUACACAGUCGCAUGUACACAUACCAUAACAUAUUAAUAGUGCAAGUCGCAGCUUGCUUACAACAUAAGUAGGUAGUUAAUACAGUCUAACAUAGUCAUCAUAAGGUUAUAGUUCACUAACUUGCCAGUUGGCAUAUCAUAUAUCUGCAAGUGGUUGCGAGAUGGUCCCGCAUGCAUCUGUGUAUGGCAUAGACAGAAGGGGGUAGUAUUAAACUAGGGAAGGGAUGGGUAUGAGGAAGGAGACGGGAGAAACAGGACAAGGGGACAAAGUGUAUUCUGCUUGGUGGCACGUUUCCCAAGAUUGUUGAUUGUCUAGAGGUCAGUAUUGGAACCCAGAAUGUCGUCUCACGUGGCUUGCUGAUUUGUCAUCUGGGUCCACUUGCACCAGGUUUCUCGAAACCUGAGGGCUUGGGAGGGGGAGCUUAGGGACAUUUUUUCAUAAAUAUAAUAUUGUUGCAAUUUAUCCUUUAAUUGCGACCUGGGUGGGCAUAUCGUGCUUUUCCAAUUUGUCGCUAUGAGGUUUCUAGCUGCUAACGAGGUUAUCGCCACCAAUUGGUGAUAGAUUGAUUCUACCUUUUUAUCUGGUAUCAAUAAUAUGCAAUUGGAAAUGGACGGGGAGAAAGUUGAGGGUCCCAAUUGCCUCAGAAGUGUUCCCACAUCCUCCCACAAAGGUGCGAUGCCAGUGCAGGACCACCAAAUAUGCCCCACCGUGCCUUUCUCCACUCCACAUCUCCAGCACAGGGGAGACACAGUGGGGUACAUUCUGUGUAGCUUGGUCGGGGUAAGGUACCAUCUGUAUAGUAGUUUUUUGUGGGCUUCUAUGUGGGAAUAACAUUUUGUCCAUUUGGACAGGCCGUUCAGGGCACCCAACCAGGUACCAUCCGGUAGGUCCGUACCUAAGUCCUCCUCCCAUUGUUUCUUGCACAGCGGAGGCACAUCUGGUGGCACCGCUAGCCACGUUCUAUAGCAAAUGGAGAGGGCUUUAGGCUUGUUCGGUGUGUCCCUACAUCUAAGCAUAAUCAGAGAGGGCAUUAGUGGGUUAUUCAUGCUGGGAGGAGUUGGCGGGGGCAAAGCAUGGGAAGUCAGUAUACUCCUGAUUUGCAAAUAUUUGAAAGUGUCCUGGGCAGGCACGUUCCAUUUCCUCCUUAGUUCUGAGAAGGGUAUUACCUUACUAUUGUUUUCCAAGAGGUGCUCAAGUCUGUCUAAACCCAUGCGUGUCCAGUGGGAAAGAGAGAGUGAUUGGGUUAUGGUUUUUAGUGCCGUUAGGGGGGCCUUGGGGUGCAGUUUAUGACUGUAGCCUAUUUGGGCCAUAAAGGAAUCCCACAUCAGUAUGGUCAGCCUAGUGGUAGGGAAAAGAGGUGUGUGUUUGUACCGAAGGCGUUUUGGGGUCCACAGGUAGUCCGUCAUGGACUUGUCUUGAAAUUGGUCCCUCUCCAUAUCCACCCAUUGUGUAUGGCCUUGGGGUGAGUGUGCCGCUAUACAUGUUGCCAGGGCAGCUGCUUUGAAGUAGAGGUGGAUGUUAGGGAGACCCACUCCCCCUCUGUCAGGUGUAUUUUGUAGUAGCUUAAGUGGCAACCUCGCUUUUUUGCCCCCCCAAACGAAAGUGUUACAGGAAGAUUGUAGUACCUUAAAUAGUGCAGCGGGUAUCGGGAGAGGGAGCAUGCGAAAUACAUAGAGGAGUUUUGGGAGCGUCAUCAUCUUAAACGUGUUAAUCUUACCUAGCCAGGAUAGGUGGGUCGUUUCCCAACCCGCCAACUCCUCGUGCAUAGCUGAAGUAGAGGCGUGUAAUUGUGUUUUACAAUUCCUGCUAUUGUAGGAGAUAUUUUAACCCCCAGGUACGUUAGGGUGCUAACUCUCCAGUCGAAUUGAUAAGAGGAUUUUAAGGUGACUAAAUCGUCUUGGGGUGUGUUAACAGGUAGCGCCUGUGUUUUGUCUCGGUUUAAUUUGUAAUGGGAGACGUUUCCAAAUUGUGUCAGUAGAUCGAGAAUGUGAGGUAGCGCCCGUCUUGGGUUUGAGAGGGAUAUUAUAACAUCGUCCGCAAAAAGAGAAAGACGGUAUUCUUUUCCUUUAACGGUUAUACCUCGCAUAUGUUCGUGAUCCCUAAUCUUUUGGGCCAGGGGUUCUAGGGAGAGGAUAUACAACAGGGGAGAGAGUGGGCAGCCCUGUCUAGUUCCAUUCGUUAUGUGGAACUUCGAGGAGAGGAAACCGCCACAGGACACCUUGGCAGCUGGGGUGGUGUAUAGUGCCAUGAUUUGGGAUAUGAUAAGAGGAGGAAAGCCAAAUUUGUGGAGAACCUUCUGCAUAUAGGUCCAGUUGAGCCUAUCAAAGGCCUUCUCUGCGUCCAGCGCCAAGAAGAGGCCUUGGCCUUUGGUUCUUUCUAGUUCUGCUAAGAGAUUCAAUACCUUCCUGGAGUUGUCUGAACCCUGCCUGCCUUUGAUAAAACCGGUUUGGUCAUUGUGUAUGAGUUUGGGCAGGAGUUUGGCCAGUCUGUUACUGAGAAUUUUGGCAUAUAUCUUUGCGUCACAGUUGAGAAGGGAAAUGGGUCUAAAGUUUUUACACUCUGUCGGUGGUUUCCCUGGUUUGGGCAACGUCGAGAUAUGGGCUAACAGUAAUUCGUCCGGUAAUGUCCCUUUUUGUAUGCUGUGAUUGAAAAGGUUCAGUAAAUGGGGGGCUAGUGUUGUUUGGUACAUGCGGUAGUAGGCGUUAGACAGACCAUCUGGUCCGGGCGCUUUCUGUGUCGGGAGCGAUGCAAUUGUGGCAGAUAUCUCCUCUAUGGUAAUCGGGGUGAGAAGUGAAUCCGCGUCUUCCUCGCUCAGAGACGGGAGCGUAAGGUCUGAUAAGAACCUGUUUAUUUCUGUGGUGGAGGGAGUGGGCACUUGUGGAUCUGUGUUGAGAUUGUAUAAUUUGCUGUAGUAGGUAGCGAACGUGUCUGCUAUGUUUUGCGGGUCUAGUAUUUUCCCUCCUUUAGCGUCCAGGAGGUGUGAGAUUUUAGUAGCUGUGGAACGUGUUUUUAGCUGGGAAGCCAAUUUGGCUCCUGCUCUGUUACCUGACGCAAAGAAGUUAUAUUUCAUGCGUCUUAGCAGUGUCGUUGACUUGGACAGUUCCAAGUCGCGCAAUUGGUUCUGCAGUCGUAAGAUAGUGGCAUGGUGAGUGGGGGUUGGAGUUAGUUUAUUUGAGUGUGUGGCCUCAGCAAGUUCCUUCAGGAUGUUAGUGUAGUUCUCGAGGCGUUUCUUUUUGGCGUAGCUAGCAUGUUUAAUGAAGCACCCUCUAAUAACUGCUUUGUGUGCUAACCAGAUUUGAUCCGGGGUGGAAUUUUGUUCUGUAUUGUCUUGGAAGUAGUGCUGUAGAUCUUGUUUAACCUGGUCUAUUACACUCGGGUCUUUCAAUAGCCAAUCAUUUAAGCGCCAGCUGCCUCGGCCUUUAGUUUGGAAUCUUUCUGUCAGGGACAUAGUAACCGGUGCGUGAUCCGACCAACUAAUGAGCCCUAUGUGGGUACUUUCUAUUUUGGGGAGCAUCCUUAAGGGAACCAAAAAGCGGUCUAUCCUGGAAUAGCAAUUAUGUGCUGCUGAGUGGCAAGUAAAGUCCCUUUCGCUAGGGUGUUGUAUGCGCCAUGGAUCUACGUAAUUGUGUGCUGUAAGGGUGUGCCUAAUGCGAGUAAUUAGUUUCCUCCUGGUUUUGAUGGUCUGGGACUGUAGGGGUUUCUGGUGUGAGGAGUCUAGACAAUCAUCUAACAAAAAAUUUGUGUCCCCCCCCACUAUCACCUCUCCAAAGGCGUGUUUGGUACAAAGCAACAAAACCAGUUCCAAGAAAUCAAUUUGCUGAUCAUUAGGGCUAUACACAUUUAUAAACGUAUAUGGGUUGUUGUUAACAUAGCAUUGUAACACUAUAUAUCUGCCUUUUUUGUCUCCAAGUUUACGAACUAGGGAGAAAGCCACAUCUUUGCUUAUUAAGAUGGACACUCCUCUUUUCUUUUUUGCAUAGCAAGCAUGAUAGUCUAUGGGGUAUGCUAUGGAAGUAAAUUUUGGACGUUGGCCCCAUUUAAAAUGUGUUUCUUGAAAGAAUGCCACAUGGGCAUCUAGGGAUUUAACCUCCUUUAGCGCUAGUCGCCUCUUGUGCGGAGAAUUGAGCCCCUUGGCAUUCAGGGAACAGAUAUUAAGCACCAUGGUGUAUGUUCAGCGGUCUCAUGUUACAACUGGGAUUGGGACCAUCUAGCCCUCCCCUCGCGAGUCGGUGAAUCUCCCACCCAUCUGUGGGCGUUGCCCGGCGACCAAAGGUCCAGCAUAUAUGUCGGUCAUCCCAAUUUAUACCUGGUAGACAAGGUAUAUGUAGUGGCCUGGUAUUUAGGUCCCAUGGGUGGAUAAAGUGGAGGGGUAAUACUGGCAUCCCUAGGGUCUUGAGAAUAAGCCAAGUCUGUACACUAAAAUCAUGGUUAUCAGAACACAAACACAAAGAAGAGGGUAAAAACAUAAAAAAAAACAUGCAAACUAUGUACAUAAAACCGUCGGUCAAACGAAUUCGACCAAAAGGUGGAAAACGGUUAAUGAUGCGGCUCAAAAUUAAGCCACUUUGGGGGGCAGGUGACCAGCAACAGAUUGGUGGGUCUACGCACAUAAAAGAUCCGUACUGCUCCGUACGGUGUUACAAUUGCUGAGACCAUGACAAGGCAUACACGGUUUAGGUAUAUACAGGCAGUGUUGUUCUCUAUUGAUUCUCUUGUUUUUUUUUUUCUCUUUUUUUUUUUUCUUGUUUUUUUUCUCUAUCAACAGUAGUAUAGCAGUGUGACAUAGGUUAGGCACAUCAAAUGAGUAUACUUAUCGUCCCUUUGUAGAGGUCAUGUAGGUUCUUGUGGUCGGCCGCGUGGCACUUGAGUCCAAACUUUAUUUAAUUUCACUGGUGAUUUGGUGUGUUGUGGUGCGGGAGCCGUCGUGGUAGUGAGAGGAAUGUCCCAGGCCCGCAAUAUUUUCCUUCCUUCUUCGGGAGAAGCAAUACUGGAAUCUGUCCCAUUGCGUUUGAUUAAGAGUCUGGUUGGGAAGCCCCACUUGUACUGAAUAUUUGCCUCUCGUAGUGCUGCAGUGAUGGGGGCAAAGGCUUUCCUUUUCAUCAUCGUCGAUGCAGAUAGAUCAAUAAAUAGCUUAAUUUGAUUGAAUCGCCCCGGUGGGGGAGGGUUUCGUCGCGCUGCAUGCAUAACUCUUUCUUUAGUAGUAAAGUAAUGUAACUUCGUGAUUACAUCUCUGGGGGUCUGUGGGCCCAGAUGUUUUGGUUUGGGCAACCUGUGGGUCCGAUCGAGUAAGAGCUCUCCAUCCGUUAAUUCUGGCACAUAUUCUUUAAAGAUGCCUUGUACGUAGGAUUGCAGCUCUUGCGGUGUGACUGAUUCUGGGAUCCCCCUCAGUCUGAUGUUAUUACGCCGAUCUCUAUCUUCAUGGUCGGCCACUUUGUCUUCUAGCUUUUUAAGUUUGUCUUGUAGUUCAGUAUAAGCGUCUGCCAGAGAGUUAUGGGCGUCUGUUAUUUCAUCUGCCCUUUCUUCUAACUUUGCAGUCCUGUCUCCCACUUGUUGGAUGUCUGACCUGAUGUCUGAUGCUAUUUGCAUGAGGUCUGUGUGGAAUGUGGAUUUGAGGUCUGCAAGUAAGGACUUGAGAGUGGCAGUUGUAACUGGGGCAGAGUAUUCAGCCAUGCUGUGAGCAGGAUCACUUACUUCCGAAACGGAGGUUGGUGAGCUCGGGCCGUCGGCGCCAUCUUGUCCCGCCAUAUCCAGCAUGGUGGCCGAGGUGAGGUGCAUUUGAAGCGUUUUCUGCUUCAACUUCUUGCACGAUUUCGUCGCCAUUUGUAUCCGUGGUAUGCGGCAGGUGUUUACCCGCCGUUCUGUUGUGUUUUGCGGUCGGGUGUACGCCGUGACUAUGCUGCGAACACCAUACAGCAGAGGAGCUCAGCACUCACGCGUCCGUCCUCGUCCGCCGCUAAGACACGCCCCCAGUUUACAUUUUCUAAAGAUAAUUUGAUAUUUAUAAUGUACAUAUGUUCAACCUAUGCUUUAGUCUUGUUUUGUGUCUUUUUUUUUUUAUCUGCUCUACUGGAUGAGUAAGGAACGCUUAUCUACCUCAUGCAGGGCGGAGAUGUUAUGAUUUACGAGUGUAAUUCCAUCUAUUCACAAUCUUAUUAGACAGAUAACUCUCAUAACCUGUUUAUGUGAGCACAUUCUAUCAUUACAUGAAGUUACGUCUCCCGUGGAGAGGGCCAUGAUGUCUGCUCUAGACUUGACCUUGAACAGUUGAUACAAAAGGAUGCUAAAAAGAUGACCAUCACAAUUUAAAGUGCACUGGUUCAUAUAUUCAUUAUUGUAGCCAAAUUGAUGGUAAACUCUGACUUCUGGGGUGUGUGUAUGUAUGUAUGUUGGUGUGUGUGUGUGUGUGUGUGUGUAUAUAUAUAUAUAUAUAUAUUUUAUUUAUUUUUUUUCUAUGCAUCAGACCAAAUUCAAAUAGCACACUGACAGCAGUCCGUUCCUUCAAUUAUCUAGGUAUGUUGCUAGAUCUUUUAUCAUGAUUUACCACUGUUCGUGGUGUGUGUAGUGUUUUUAUUUAUUUAUUUUUCAGCCGGCUGGUAUGUAAUUAAGCUAUUUAUAGGAGCUCAGCUGUAGGGUGAUUAAGAGUUUCUACAUCAUAUCUGAUGAACAUGGGGGCGCGUGAACAAAGAGGUAACCAUGCCAGUUUUAUUGAAUAAAGUAUUUAGCAGUUUUCAAAGGCUGCCAAUCAACAAGCUUUUGACUCUUGUGCCCUUAGAAGCCAUCACAGCCAUGCCUAUAUAUAAGCUGGAGUCACGAAGCGCCGCAUGCACAUGAGGUCUUAUUAGUGUAGGGAGAGGAUGCUGACGCUUUUAGGGACAGAUUAGGAAAGAAUUCUGCAAAUUAGUGGGGUGGGUGCACUUCAUAUCUGAGAGUCAAAUCGAAGCGUCAAAUAGUGCGCUUACAACGCAGUUGUAAACAUUCUAAUUUUCUGGGUGCUAAUCUGCUAAAUAGUACAUUUUGGGGCCUGCUCUCCAUAUCUGAGAGUCAAAUCGAAGCGUCUAAUAGUGCCCUUACAGCGCAGUUGUAAAAAUUCUAAUUGUUUUGCUGCUAAUCUGCUAAAUAGUACAUUUUGGGGCCUGCUCUUCAUAUCUGAGAGUCAAAUAGAAGCGUCUAAUAGUGUGCUUACAGCGCAGUUGUAAAACUUCUAAUUUUCUGGGUGCUAAUCUGCUAAAAAGUACGUUUUGGGGCCUGCUCUCCAUAUCUGAGAGUCAAAUCGAAGCGUCUAAUAGUGCCCUUACAGCGCAGUUGUAAAAAUUCUAAUUGUUUUGCUGCUAAUCUGCUAAAUAGUACAUUUUGGGGCCUGCUCUUCAUAUCUGAGAGUCAAAUAGAAGCGUCUAAUAGUGCGCUUACAGCGCAGUUGUAAACAUUCUAAUUGUUUUGCUGCUAAAUAGUACAUUUUGGGGCCUGCUCUUCAUAUCUGAGAGUCAAAUCGAAGCGUAAAUAGUGCGCUUACAGCACAGUUGUAAACAUUCUAAUUGUUUUGCUGCUAAUCUGCUAAGUAGUACAUUUUGGGGCCUGCUCUUCAUAUCUGAGAGUCAAAUCGAAGCGUCAAAUAGUGCGCUUACAGCGCAGUUGUAAACAUUCUAAUUUUCUGGGUGCUAAAUAGUACAUUUGGGGUGUGCACUUCAUAUCUGGUGUAUGUGUGCAACAAUGGCUAGUUACCGCUUCUCAAGAAAGUCUAAAGACAAAUAAAUGUUGCCUAUGGCGCAGGUAGUAUAGAAGGCAAGACUGAGACAAAUCAUUCUGGUUACGUUUGCCUGUUGACAUGUUAAUUAUCUUAGACCAUUAAAAUUCAAUAAUCAAUGAAAAAACACACUGUGUCAUACAAAAAGACCUAUUAUAGACAAGUUAAAAGCAAGACUACAAGUUAUGCUAUAACAAAAUUAAACAAGUUUUAAAAUAUGUAUGGGCCAACCAGUGGCUGUAAAAACAAAGUUUUACUGGUUACAUUCAUGACUACACACUCUAGUGAACAGGACCUUCAUGUAGUGUGUUCUUUUUUUUAACAUCAUACAGCAUCCUUUCAUGUGCUUUUCAGAUGGCAUAUUGUUAAUUACCAAUUUUUGUUUAGCCUGAUUUUUUUUUUUUUUUUUAAAGUGAAAAAUAAGUGUUAUUGUGAUCACUUCAUAUACAGAAGCAUUAAUAUACAUUUCUAUAUUGUGUCAAGACACAAAGUUAAAAACCAAACACCAAAACAACGUGCCAGACAAUCUACCUGUGCAUGGCUAGUGUGAUACAAUAAGUCUACAUCUUAAAAAUGCAAACUGUGGAUAAGGACUAGCGCUUAUUUCUAACUAUAGAUUAUAUCAAUAUGUGCAAAAACAAUCAUAUAUAAAAGUGAGCAGCUAAACAUUCAUGUGACUCCUUACAAUAUUACUGGAUAAAUGUGUAAACCAAAAUAGAAAAAGAAUGUAGCGCUUUAAUAAUUAAGAAUAUAAAUAUCAUCUUAUUCUGUAUAGGGGAGGAAAAUUCUCACUUAGGUCCCAAAUAAGUUAAGAUCUAUAAAAAAAUAAUCACAACAUAGUGUAGAUGGUAGAUAGCAAAGACAUAUAUAUUUGUAUAUAAAUAUUAACACUCACAAACCCAGAGCUGCGGACUCAGCUCUAGUUUGAAUCACUUCUGGGUCCGUGUAGGCGACCCACCCCUUAGAUAGAAGUAUAGCUGGUCCUGGAGGGGAAUAGAUAUACAAAAGAAAAAUUGCGCAGUAUCGUUGAUGAAUAGGAAAUCAAAGAUAAAGUUCCCGAAUGGGUACUUACAAACAAAGAGUCAGAAUUGACUCAAUAUCCAGGCGUUGUGCAGGCUAGGGGCUGCACUCCCAUUAGUAGAGUGGCGAAUGUAGAACCAGGAUAACGUUAAUAAAAUAUAAUACAUUUAUUAACACAAUCUAUAAAUAUAAAAUAAAAAUGGCAUAAUGUCCAGAUAAAACCGGAACGCGUUUCACCACUCACAUGUGGCUUCUUUAACCGUAUCGAUAAGCUGUCAGCCUUUUGCAGCCCUCUAGCCCUUUCCAGGACUUUUUUAGAGGCAUUUUUGUCGCCAUAAGUUCGGGUCCCCAUUGACUUCAAUAGGGUUCGGGGUCAAGUUCGAUCACAAACCCAGGCUUUUUUCCAAAGUUCUGCCCAAACCGAACAUCCAGGUGUCCGCUCAACUCUAUUGACAAGUAAUGUAUAUGUGUGUUUGCCAUCAAGCUGAAAAGGGCUCGUUUUUUUUUUCUAUUUUAAGACAAUCCUGUCUUUGCCUCUACCUUCCACCCACUCACAGUGCCAAGUUAAUGAAUGCUUAUGUUAAUUCACAAUUAUAGUAGAAUCACAUUCAUUAUUCCAUUGCCGAGUCUAACUGUGUAGGGAUGCUGUCACUCCAACAUUAGACUGAUAAUCCAGAAGCACAAAGAAUAUUAUACAAUGAAUGGUAAUUUUAUUAUUUAAACAGAAACUAGAAUUUGAUUUACGGGUCCCACAAAUUUUAUAAUUUUGAUGAACUUAAGAGACAUUCUUGAUCGAAUUUACAACUACUAAAUGGAUCCUAUAGUGCCAGUAGUUAAAAAUUCCUUCAGCCACUUACCUUAAUCCAGCACCGAUGUCCCUUUGGCCCUGGGUCAGGCUCCGCCCACACUCCUCCCUCGCCGGCGUUAGUCAGUGCUUUCCUACAGGGAAAAUCUGACGUUGGAGGUCCGUGAGGAUGUCCAGCGUCAGAUAAUGGACCAAAAGUCAGUUUGUUUUUUUUGUGAAUCUAGAUGCUAUAUUUUUGCAUAUUGUGUUAUGAGGUUUACUUGAGAACAUUAACGUCAAAUACAGCAAAGUUAUAUGUGUACAAUUGUAUGAUAUUGGUAUGUUUUCUUCUGAAUACACAAGUGUAUCACAUGUACACUGUAGACUCUGACAUUGUAUUUGUUUAACGUUUAGGUGAAGAUAUAAUUUUUACACAAUACCCUCUUGGAAGAGGUCAGAUAAUAAGGCAUUGUACCCCUUUAGAUAUGCUAUAAAUCAGUCCGAGUACACCUUGUGUGUUGCUCAAAUGAUUCUACAACCCUGUGAUGUACACGUUAAAGGCACGCAAUACACGAUCUACGAAUGUUUUACUGCUGGUAAUGACUACUCCUUUUUAUUUAUUUUUUGGCCAGUUUUUGAAGGAGGAACUGAAUCAUUAAUCUGCUUAACUAAAAAGAAUAGUUUUAACGAAUAUCUAUGAUGAUGUCAUGCUUGAGAUCUUAGCUCUGUGAUCUGCCAGGACAGGAAACGUUCCAAACCUCUGCUUAGAUUUCACAUUUGUUUUUUCUUUUUUACCACAGCGUAAAAACCAGCACUAUAUAACAAAAUAUAUAUUUUCUCUAUAUACUGGACAGAUGUUGAACUUUGAGUCACUUUCCGUUGUGUCAUUGUGUCUCAGGAUAUGCUGAUUGGCAUAGCGAGGGGAUUUGCUGUGCUCAAAUAAUCGGGAUUGACUAUCUUCACCAGCUUAGGCUGGGAAACCUUGGCAAGUGGUACCGGAGAAUAAAGAAGAGUGCUAGAAAUACAUAUUACAGGCCUAUUUCCUCUUAACAUAGGCCCAAACUGGAUAUCACUAGGUUUGAGACCUCCCUUUCAAUUGAGUUCUAAUAAGAAUUUUUUAAAAAGCCAACUCUUUAUAAUCGUACUGUUUAGGCUUCAUUAUGAGUAUAUAAGUUAUGCUUUGGUUUUUAAUAUUAAAAAAAAAAAAAUGUGUAUUCUGUGAAUGCAUGCUUACCUGUACUUGGUUGAAUUACUCAAUGAAAUUUUAAAAAACAAAACACUUUCAUUAGAUUCUUCGGAGGUGUCGGCAUUAUGUUGGGGGAGCAAUGUUACAAUAUAUAUCUAUCUUAUUUUUCAGAUUAUUUACCUGGGGGCUGGAUGGGUACUGGUUUUAACUGCUAAGUGACCCAGUUUUGGGUCCUGACCCAAGGUUUAAGAACCAGUGAUGAUAGGUGUUCUAAAUUACCAUGUAAAUCCCGUUGAUACAUUUAAUACACAGAAUUUAACCAUUUAGCCACUUUUGAUGCAGGCGGCAAGAAUUCUAUCAGGAUUCCAUUUAUUAUGUACAUUACUGUAAAUAAGGAACAAUGAAUCAUGGCAGCAUUGCUCUAGUUCACAUUGUUGUGUUGUGUUAUAUGAGCUUUUCCGUGUGCUGUUUAUCUUCCUUCCUCUGUAGAGUGCAGGAGGGGGGAGAUUCUGUCCAUACACUGUUCCUGUCUCUUCUCAGCUCUUAAUGAUGUUUGGUCAAACAGAAUACAUUAAAGUCAGGGCGUGUGUAAACUUGGAGGUUUAUUCACUAAACAGUGAAUUGUGAACACUGACUAAUUUGAGACGCCUCCUGAAUCCAGUUUAGAAAAUUUGGGUCAACAUUGCGGAGUUGAACACAUAGUAACAUUUACCCCGGCUCAGGCAUUUAUUUAUUUUUUAGCUUGGAUAAUUUGGCCUAGGUUUUGCAAGCGUUAUGUUAAAGGUACACUCCAAGCCUCAUCUGUGGCGAAAGUGACCUUGCCACUGGUUUUUGGAGGGGCCUGUUUGCCAGCCUCCUGCCCUGCGACUAUGGCCCUGGGAUGUAUUGCCCUUCUAGGAACUGAUUUGGUCAUAUUGUAUUUUAUUAUGCUGCUGCUGGUCCUUUAAGAACCAUAUGGGGACAUACUGUGGAGUUACUGGGUGGCCACCAUUUCAUGUAUCAGAUGCACAUGGUGAGAACAAUGGAUGAAGCACAUGGUGAGAACAAUGGAUGGCGGCCAUUUUAACUCACAGACACUGUUUGGACUUUUCUACACGGUGCCAUCUUGCAGGUAUUUGGUGCCCCAAGACAUCGUGCAGUAGUUUUAAACUAUACAACAGGGGACACAUUAUACAGUAAUAAUUUUUCAUAUAGCCUGUAUAUGUUCUGCUGAAUCUGCAUUAAACUGUAUCUUCCAAACUACUGAACGGAUCUGGGUGAAUUUUGGAUAUGUGGUUCACCCAGAUCCCCCGGUUCCGAGGAUAUUUUUUAUGGGGUUAUUGCAUGUUUUGGGGUCCCUGUGAUAUGUUUUAUAAUACUGUAUUUCUCUGUCUGUGAUAAUUAUAUUAACCAUUGUGUUCAGUAAUCAUAUCACAGGCAGAGGGGAGGAUUUUGUAUGGGAGUGUCUGUGUGUAUUGUACGGAUUGAUUGGUUGUAUUUCAAAACCCUGUGGGCAGUACUAUGUUUGUAGAAUGUGAAUAAAAGAGGCUGUAUGUGCCAGUACAGGCAGUUCUACUUCACCCUCAAUCUAGAGUCCUGUCUCUUAUUGGGGGAAUUGCUAUAUCACUACAAGGGAUUGCUAUGCUCUGCAUACUCCCUUAGGUAAUCACUACUAAGCUCUUUUAAGAGCUUGUUCCUCCAGGAACCCACUGGAACCUGGAGCCUUGUCUUAGGUCCAGGGUGGGUAGGUGACGGCGAGACCCCAACCAAGCUGCGGUGGUUAGUGGGGUCUGCGGUGGUUGUGGUGUCUGCUGAGCGCUUGGAGCACUCUGUAAGCGCUAGGAGCAUCCUUCAACUGAGGUACCCAGUCAGGGUGCCAGGUGAUCCGUUACAUCAUCCAUUUUAGGAUUGUGAGUGAGGGUGUGGUCAUGGGCAUUGAGACAUUUAAAGGGACUUGGUAAUAACAAUUUAUGCAACAAAAAUGUAAUUAAAACCAAGAACAGUGUAUCUUUCUUACACAGACUGAUUUCUAAACACAUAAACUGUAGUUUAAAGACACAUUACUGUGAGUGCUAUUGCUCUGCUAUACACUCGGACUCCCCUACAAUUUGGAACUAGAAUAAGGGACAUUUGGAAAGAAAAGCGGGACAGAGAUUUUAGUUGAAUUGUAUUCCUCUGCAAGAUAUAAAUACAUCAGAUGGAACACUUAUUUGCUUUACGCUUUCAAAUGUUUUUCGUAUGAAGCCCUGAAUGAGCUUAGUUGGGCAUGAAUCAUUGGAAAAGCCACAUUGAAUUGAAAUCGCUUCGUUAUGUGUGCAAUCAAAGUGAUUUAAAUUUAUGGAAAUCUCUCUUUGGGAUAUAAUGUCUUUGAAACGACAAUUCAUGUAGUGAUACAAUCUAGCAUCCACAGAAACUGAGAAACAUUUACAACAAGACCUGGGGUUCAGAUUCAGGAGGGGACAUAAGAAAAGUCAAAAUGGCAGAUUAUCCAUCAUAGAGCUGUUUAGCAUUGUGAAGCAAAAGAUGAAACGUUUAAAAACAAAAAAGCUGAUGGUCAAACAAGAGUGUAAUGUAUUGGUGUAGAUACCAUACCUUAUAUUUUUCUGUCUGUGCACAGACUUUUUAGGCAUUAUGCUUAAUAAUUCAUGGACAUUUGUCACCUAGGGUCGUGGUGAAAUAGUUGAGAUAGAGAAUUAUUUCAUAGCAGCAGGGUUUUUUGGGGGGGGGAGGGGGGGCAGGGGUAGGGUUUGCCUAUGUUUUGCAUUCCACUGCGAAUCACUACAAUUUGGUGUUUAGUGAAUCAACCCAACUGUGUUGACUUUAAUAUGUAAUAAUUGAGAUCAGCCAUAAGCUGCUCCUUCCUUGUGUACAGCCAAACUAGAAUUGCAGUAAUAACACACAUGUUGCGCUCAAACUCCCACUAAUCUUGCAUGCCUACCAACAUUUGGAUGGAUGAAAUCGUGAUGGCUGAGCAGGCCAAAAUGGUGUUGGUAUGAUGCCUUGCAUCACAGAUGAUACCCAAAAUUGGUGGUCCUUACAGAAAACAGACUAUUACCAAAAAAAAUUAACAUUUUAGUCACAAAACCCUUAAUUGCACUUAAACCUUGUGUGUUGUACCUGGAUAUCCAAUUUGUUGCCCCUCCAAUAUGAAAUGACAGCAGUGGAUAUUACCCAUAAUGAAAUAAAUAAUAUGAGGUUAUUCAAUAAACUCUGAAUAUCAACAAAUAUACUGAAGUAUGACCAUAUUUAAGAUAUUCUUGCCAACUGACUAUAGCCUACAGUUGUUGGAGAGUUUUUCCGCAUUCACUAUCUUGGCCUGUGUUAUGUAGUUUGGCUUUUAAUACAAUAUUCAGUUUUGUGAGUAACUCUGCUAUAUUAACAAGAAUCAAACAGAAUGGUCGUUCCACAUCAAUGAAACUCACAAUAACCUGACCAUAGGUUCUAUUCCUGUGAACCUCUGAUUUAGAAUUUAGCAAACUCUUCAUACCUUGUGUAAUUAAAGCGACACUCCACUGCCAAAAUAAAUAAAAAGCACUGUUUAGUAGGUACACCCCCAUUUUCCACCAUGUGUGUAUCUAAAAUAAUUUGCAGAAGUUGUAUAUUUCUUGUCUGUAGCUAUUGCAAACCCUCCCCUUUUGACCCGCCCAGACUUUCUGUGGCUGUCCAAUCCGACUUCCCAAUACAUCUCAAGUCUUUGUAAGGUGGAUGCUCUGAGCAAUUGCAGCCUUUUGAGUUUAGCUCCACUGAGCUAACCAAACCAGGAAGUAACAGGACACACUUGUCACACACAAAGCAUUUCAGCACGUUAAAUUGCUUUAGGCACCUGGGGUGUCCCUUAAAGAGACAAUAUUGUCAGGUCUCAUAGGCUGUGCAUGCAUCACCAUCCCUUUUUACUAACUGUACCAAUGUUGCAUCAUAUACCCAGCCAACUAUUAUACAACUCUAUCCACAUUUUGGCAUAGCAACUGCAAGCGCUAUGGCACUGUGCUCUACCACAUUUCAUUCGCUAAUUGUUUUGUCUUUGAAUUCUUUCCAUUUUCAGUAAUUCCUACUUCUGCGUAUUUAACUAGCAUGUUAUUUUUCUUUUAUUUUUUGUUAUGCAAGUGUUUAGUGAAGAAGGAAAAAAAACUAAAUUAAAUGUUGUAGGCAAGAUUUGUUCUCUGCGAGAAAACCAAACAAAAGCCUUUUUUAUUUUAUUUUUUUUAAAAUGUGUUUCCUGCUGCUUCCCAUCUACCCAGUACUCCUAAUUAUUCUCACCGAGGGUUGUACAGAAAAAUUCUGAAAAGCACCUUUAGAGAAACCGUGCAUAAUGCAGGCUAAUUAUACCUAGCUUUAUACAUGGCCUCACUCCUGAAAUAAAACAGACUGUACGUUGCUAAUGUUCCCUUUGCUGUUUCACAUUGAACAAAAAAAAAAAGCACAACAUAAAGAGUUCUACUGCGGCGUCAAGUCCAAUGGAUUUUCAAUUUAGCCGUGUACAAAAGCUGUGUUGAAAGCCUACCACUCCAGGGUGGUGUGAGGGUUAUUUUGCUCAGUUCUGUAGAGACAUUUGCAUUUUCUUUUCCCUUACGUGCUAGAACAGAGAAUUGCUAAACUUCAAAGUAAUUACCCAAGUAUCUGUGCAGGUUAUAGACUAUAAUGCCAUUUUAAUUAUUAUUGAACAAGAACCGGAGAAAGAAAUAAGAACAGAGUGGGUAUCUUCAGGUAAAACAAAAAUAUAGAUAACUUGUCUGCAUUUAUCAUAUUCUAUAUUGAUUGAUAUAGGUCCAAAUGUGGCUAUACGUAUACAUCAUAUUAUUGCUUCUAUAUUUAAGGCAUUGUCGAAUUAUACAGUAGAAUCACAAAGAUGCGGAUCUUAUUACACAUCUUAUUGUUCAACUCAUUAAGAGCAAAUACUGGUUUAUUAUGCAAUUAUUACAAUGUCUCUAAUGAGGUCCCUUUGCUGACAUGAUAUGUUCUACAUAUCUGUCAUCCCUGGCUUUGCUUCCUGCUGAUUAGGACGCUCUCUGCUGGGAUACAAUCUUGAGUAGAGAUGCACCGAAAUGAAAAUUCUGGACUGAAACCGAAAAUUUAGGAUGCCCUUGGCCAAAAACCGAAACCGAAAAUAACUUUUUUCCCCCAAAUGAUUUUAAAAUAGUGUUUUUACAAUAAUUUUAUUAAUGUUGUACUUUGCUAAAUCCCUGCAGGGGAGAAUUGAUACAGACGCAGGUAUGUCCUCCUGCACAGCGUGAGGACGUCCAGCAUCAGUUAGUCGACUUUUGGUCGCCUAACCACCCGGAAGUCCCUCUGGUAGACUAGAGGUGGAGUUAACCCCUCAAAGUAAUUAUUGCAGUUUCUCAGAAACUGCAAGAAAUACACUUGCAGGGUUAAGGGGACUGGGACCCUGCACACAGACCACUUCAAUCAACAAUGAGUCAGUUUUGCACCUAAUGCUGCAAUGUUAAACAUUGCAGUGCCAGAGAACUGUAUUGUUUACUUUGCAGCACUAAGUCUGCCCUCAGUGGCUGUCUACCAGACAGCCACUGGGGGCGCUUCCGGAAUCGUAACAGACUUUUGGUCCGUUAUCAGACGCUGGGCGUCCUCACGCUCUGCAUGAGGACCUCCAGCGUAAGAUUUCCCCCCAUAGGAAAGCAUUGAUUCAAUGCUUUCCUAUGAUGAGGUGUAAUGCGAGACCCCGCUUGUCACGGGACGGAGGAGGGGUAGAACUUCGAUUCAGCAUCGCGGGACAUCGGCACUGGGAUAAGGAAAGUAAAUAAAGGAUUUUUAACCAAUUACUUAACAGGGAGGAGGAGGCAAAGGGAUCGGUAGUGCCAGGAAUACAGCUUUGUAUCCCUGGCACUACAGUAUCCCUUUAUGCACACACACUCAAUGACAAACACACAGACGUCACUGACAGACUCACAGAUUUGACACACACACAUUCCCUGACACUCAUUGGCAAAUACACACUGACAGUCACAUACACACACACAGACGUCACUGACAGACACAAGCUCACUGAUUUGACACACACAUAUUCAAUGACACACAGUCACUCAUGAACAGACAAACAAUGACAGACACAUGGAUAGUCACACACACACUCAAUGACAGACUCUCACUGAUUUGACAAACACUCACAUACACACAUACACUCACAUACACAAAUUAUUAUAAAUUAAAUUAACAUUUUCCACCCAGCCUGCCCACCUGGAGAGCUGGCGUGGAUCGGUCCCUGGGGUCCAGUGGGGCUGCUGGGAGGCAUGCGGCUGUGAUUUAGUCAGAGGCGGUGAGGGAGUUGUGAUCUCCCUGCUCUGCAGAGCAGGGAGACCUGGUUAGUACCGUCCAAGUCAAAUGCUUAGUUUGCCUUGGGCUAAUUACACCCCCUUCCCCUGCGUGCGGUUCGGCAGCUGAAGUUUCAAUACGGUGGCAAUAAUCUUUCUGACUCUGCGAGUUAAAGAGUAGAAAGGGUUAUAUAUAAGCCCAUCUGUUCCAUUAUGACCUAUGUGGUCUUAUACCUGUUCCUGAAAAAUCUGCCUCACCCCUGACAUAAUCUGCUCAAAAACAUCUUUUGGCGCCUAUGGCCAUAGUAGUCUGAAAGUGCCUGAUCUCGUCAGAUCUCAGAAGCAAUCCAUACUCGGCGAGCCUGGUUAGUACUUUCAUGGGAGACCAACUAGAGGGGGGAAAAAAACCUAUUAGAAAGCUUGUUCUGUAGAACCAUUCUCCACUGAGAUCAUUCGAAUCUCCUUGGAUUUUAUUAAAGAUUAGCAGUUGCAUGGAGUGUUUGUGAAUGAUUUCUGUAACGUCUGGUUAUUCUAUACCCUAUCUUGUGUUUUUGUUUUUUAUACUGAAAAUAUUAUUAAUAUUAAUAAUAAUAUUAAUUAUUUUUUUUAAAUUUUUGGUGAAUUAAAUCCGUUUAUCUACUAUCAUCCAGUAUAUUUAACUACUAAAAUAAAAAAAAGAAUAGUGUAGCUAAAUUGCAGGUUAAUUAAAUUUUUUACUGAUUUAAAAACUAAAGUGAAAACACUUCUGAGAGUCACUAUUAGGGUGAUGUCUGUUAUUGAGACGAGUAUUGCUGUAAUAAAUAUGGCACAAACCACCGGGGUCUCUAUUAGAAAAUGUGAAGCUUUGUCUGGCUGCAUUCAGGCUUCAGAGAACAUCAAAUUGUGGGUGUAAAAUACUAUUUUGUGCUGUGUUAUCAUGUCAGGUCUUUAUAUACUGCCCACGGUUACGGAAAUGCCAAUGCAACAAAGGAACAGGCGGCUUCAGUACAAUGGGCUGAAGUGGUUUGGGUGCCUACAGUGUCCCUUCAAGGUUGGGAGGAGUGAGGUGUCCCCAAACUUUUUAUUUUUAUUUAUUUGUAUAUUUUUAGGACUCAACCCCUUUGUGGAGGAGUGUCAUUGCCAUGGUGAAUGUAAUAUUUCACAUGUUGAAGCAGAGUUCGUACAGUUCAGUUGAUGGACUUGCCAUUUCCAAUAACCGAAUGAGACGUAGAGUGAGCAUACGAUAUUCUGUUUGCAGAAAGCUGUUUAGUGCCAUCCUAACGUGUGCAUCAGUCACGCUGCCGAUAAAAUGACUUUGUUACACAUGAAAGCAUUGGAAAUGUUCCGUAGACCUUAUUUGGUGUUCGUGCACCCUCCCUCACAGAGGAUACGAAACCAGAAAUGCCAUUCACUGUGUACAUCGUUUAGAUCUGGAAUAUACUCCUGAAUUGUACGUGGAUUAUAAAUAAAUAGGUGUGUGGAUGUAUGUAUACACCUUUACAAAUGAAGAAGAUGUGCGUUAACAUUCCAAAUCAACUAAAAAAGGGUUCCUUGUCGCAUAUCUGUUCGUGAUGUCCAAAAAUAACAUUUAAUGUAAUUUAAUUAUUUUCUAUUACAUCGCUAUCCUAUUAAUCCACGUUGGUUUAUAUUAGUCUCCUUUUGUAUUUGUUUUCUAAUAGUAUAUAUAGAGAGGUGUUUUGUUUUGUUUUUCUCUACCCUAUCCCUUAACAUACAAAAUUAUAGUGAGCGCUCAACUAGUUAGGGUAAUUUGGUGAACUAUGUGUUUUUUUUUUAAAUUCAUACAGUGAAUUAAUAAAAGCUAUACAAAGAAAGUGCAAUAAAUAGUACAGGCAUGUAAACAAUUGCUAACAUACCCAUAACCACAUCAAGUAUAGUAUAAAGCGCUUAAAAUUGAAACUCAUAUACCCAUAACUCCACAGGCAUACUGACCUAGAGCAGGAGAUAAUUCAAUCCCAAAGUUUUGGCGUUUUCACAAGAGUGCCUAUACAAGUAUAAAAUAUAUAAAUAUUUCUCUCUCCCUGCAUGCGCAAAAGCACAGUAUUAAGGUCUAUGGUGAAGAGUACAUAAUGGAGAUGUAUGGUGAAUCCCGCAAGACCACAGAAUCAUCCAUAGACACAGCCUAUUUCCUGCAGCAGUCACUGAUGGGGAAACAAAAAAAAUUCACCCUUUUUAUUCCUGUACUUGGGAAGGCUCGCACCUUCUCCAGUGAAGUCCUGAUGAUUUUUGUCCACUCAGAUGCUUCUUAUAAAGAAGUACAGAGGACACAUGGAGCAUGUGUGGCAGCUGGCACGAUCUGGAGAGUUCCAAGCUAGCUAAUAUCAAUUAUGUCCAUAUAACAGAGGUUCAUUCAUUUACACUUAGAGUUAAAGCUCUGCAAGUGAUUUUCAAACCUAAACUUUGCAACAAUUCAAUUUUUAGAGUAUGGCAAGGCUUGGAUAUUGUUUGAUUGCUUUGCUCUAUAUCAGGGGUGGGCAAUAUCCGGCUCUCCAGAUGUUUUGGAGUACAUCUCCCAUAAUGCUAUUCGGGUCAUAAUGCUAGCAAAGCAUCAAGGGAGAUGUAGUCCAUAACAUCUGGAGGGCCGAAGAUUGCCCAUUACCUGGGAAUGUUGCCGCAGUACUCCUACUAUCACAGCAGGAUGUAGUGGUUCUUAUGCUCGGAGUAACCAUUAUUGAUUCCAUCGAUGGCAGAAAACAAAAUAGUCAAACAGGACCCCGGUAUCAGAACUGUCCUGGCAGAUUUAGGACAUAACCGCUGACCAUAUAUUUCAAUUUCCAAAACUGGUAUGGGUAACGGCCACCCCUUUAUUUAAAUCAUGUAAUAAUUUUCAGCUGUUGGGUGGUUAGCCCAACAGACCGUUUUUCUCCCACCUUAUUGCCAUGAGCCCUAACAGCCGGCACUUGCCAUCAGCCUCGUUCAGACUAUAGUCUUCCUCCUUUUUGCGGCUAUGUAGUCCAGGAAGUGCCAGCUGUGACAAAACAAAACAAUAGGGAAAAACUCCACGCCAAUACCAUAACCAGGGAGGGAGGUGGAAAAGUCAGUCAGGAUCCCUCAACUUUUCCUGCUGACUGGUAAGUCCCAACCCCCAACUAUUCCUUAAGAAUCCUCCUUCAGAUUAGCAACUAUAUAUUGUCUUAAUUCCAACCCACUAGGUAUGGGCAGCGGUCAUACGCCUCCUUCCCCAGGCGUCCAGGGGUAAAACUGUUGAGGGCUACUCUUUAAUGUAUGGGUGUUUUUAUAUGUAAAUUCCAACCCAUAAGUAUUCCUGAUAAUCACAUGAUUAUCAUAAAACAUAUUUUCUGAAUAGCCAGCUUUAUUUCUACAAAUAAACACAACCCUCUCCUUUUCUGUUUUUCCCAUUAUUCCUAAACAGUGUAUAUCCUUUUUAUUAACUGCCCAGGCACGUGUUUCAUCCACAGCGAUACCAAUUAUGUCCUUGUGUUUCCCAUGCUGUAAGUCAGUCUUCCUACGUAAGCAGCAGGUAAUUUAAAUACCAAAUACUUUAUCUGAUAAAUUUAUAUAUAAUGUUGGAAGGCUUAUGUUGCAAAGAGUGGGUACUCAGGAACCAUGAGAUUUCUGUCUUAUUUUUUUUCCUUGUACAGAAAGCCACAAAAUAAAUUUGUGGCUCAUUUUAAGUCUGAGCUGAUGUAAUUGAAACAAUUGUGGUAUCUUCAGCAAAUCACUCUCAUUCCUGUUAUUCCUAGCCAAGCACCGGGAGGGUUCUGUCACAAGAUGAAUAGAAAACAAGAGAUGUCACAUAGGAAUACUGUACACAAGCCUUAAUAUCUAUAGAAAGGAAAGAUCCCCCCCUCCUUCCACCGUGUGUGGAUCUGUGAAGUAUAUGGACAUAUGAGGUUAUCCUUUUGAAUUCCAACACAAUGUUUAUUGCUAAGUAAAAUGAACGGUGUAAUGUCAGAACAUAACAUAAUGUAGUUUGCGGAAACCGUGCGAAAACAACAUUUCCAGGAAAGAGAUUGCAUAAACAACUGAAAAAUCUGUGUAGCAACUUCUGUCGUUAGAGUGAAUAGAAUAUUAAUUUUAUGACUUUGUGGUGGAUUGAUCCUCAUUUAGCUAAAAAGAGAUAGUACAAUUAUACAAAAUACAUUAUUAAAAGAAAUCUCAUUCUAACAAAGAGUUCUGUACCCAAGAACAGUAUUCUUUAUACUGUGAUUUAGUUAAUUCUGGGAUAACAGGCCACCUAAUCUUGUUACAGUGGUCUGGGUGCAUUGUCCUUGUCCCCUUAAAGGACCACUCUAGGCACCCAGACCACUUCAGCUUAAUGAAGUGGUCUGGGUGCCAGGUCCUUCUAGGGUUAACCCAUUUUUUUAUAAACAUAGCAGUUUCAGAGAAACUGCUAUGUUUAUGAAUGGGUUAAGCCUUCCCCCUAAUCCUCUAGUGGCUGUCUCAUUGACAGCCACUAGAGGCGCUUGCGUGCUCCUCACUGUGAUUUUCACAGUGAGAGCACGCAAGCGUCCAUAGGAAAGCAUUGUAAAUGCUUUCCUAUGCGACGGGCUGAAUGCGCGUGCAGCUCUUGCCGCGCGUGCGCAUUCAGCCCAGGAGGAGGAACGGAGGAGGAGAGAAGGAGGAGAGCUCUCCGCCCAGCGCUGGAAAAAGGUAAGUUUUUAACCCUUUCCCCCUUCCAGAGCCGGGCGGGAGGGGGACCCUGAGGGUGGGGGCACUAUAGUGUUUUCCUGGCACUAUGUGGUCCUUUAACCUUGCAAGUGAAAACAUUACAGUUUGAGAGGAACUACAUUGUUUACAUUGCAGGGUUAAAAUACGUUCUAGUGGCUGUCUCCAAGUCGCUUCCUGGAUUUCACGGAUGUUAAUCUGCAUGAGGACGUUUAGCAUCUUCAAAAUACCCAUAGUAAAGCAUUGACUGAAUGCCUUCCUACAGGAAAGCACUUAUGCUCAUACGGCACUUACUGCCAACUAAAUGGUUGAUUUUGCACUAUAGGGUCAGAAAUACAUGGUUGUGUUCCUUUAAGGACAUGGUGCUUACUGUAGUAUUAGGAAUACAGUUUUGUAUUCCUAACGUUAUAGUGUUCCUUUAAGGCUUUGUUCAGGCGGCGGACUAGGGGACAGCCAAACUGACAGGGAGAGAUAAUAUAUUACAGGAGGUCAGAAAGAUAAGUCUGGCAGCUGCAUUCGCUAUGGACUGUAAAACCAAUUAGUAGUGAGUUGCAGUAGUCAUCCGAGCAUGAAGAAGCAUUUUAAUUGUAUCAGGUGUAAUAGGCAGAAAUCGUGUGUUAGCUGAACGUCGCAGAAUGUGGACAUUGAUUGGAUGUGUGAAGUAAAGUAACAAUAUUAUAAAAAAGCAUGCCAAGUCUCCAAGCCGAGUUGAUGAUGGCACCAGUGAUUUGAGACAGGGGUUCAGAACCUUUGUGUCUCUACCAGCGCAGAGUAUCGGGGUAUAUAAAAGAAUAUAUAGCUAGAUAAAGGUUCAUAUAUUCAUCUGAACAAAAUGAUAUUUCCUGUGGGUGGCAGCCAUGGCAGCGAUAUUUCUGUCUCAUCCUUUCCAUACCUAUUAUGGGCUUUCCCUCCCCUACUACCAAGCUUUGCCAUGUCCAUAAAAUCAAUUAUGCCUGUGAAGUUUAACUUUCCUUUUGGGCUGGCCAAUUUGCUAGCAAGUCACUGCCAAUUUGUUUGCAGAAGGCAUCUUGUCAUUUCAAACCACUGAUAACCGGCAGUUUCUCAUUCAGUGCACCGUAGAGGCGUGUGGCUUAACAUAUAUGUAAGGUCUGUGUUAGAUCUUCUAUAGAUCACCUUCUUGUACUAUGGGACAGUGCCGGUUUAACUAUCUGGACCUUUUUUUUUAUUUUUUCUUAACCAUUUAAAUAUAACCGGUGUGCAGACUUAGAGUUAAAGCUCUGCAAGUGAUUUUCAAACCUAAACUUUGCAACAAUUCCAUUUUUAGAGUAUGGCAAGGCUUGGAUAUCGUUUGAUUGCUUUGCUCUAUAUCAGGGGUUGGCAAUAUCCGGCCCUCCAGAUAUUUUGGAGUACAUCUCCCGUAAUGCUAUUCGGGCCAUAAUGCUAGCAAAGCAUCAAGGGAGAUGUAGCCCAUAACAUCUGGAGGGCCGAAGAUUGCCCACCCCUGCUUUAUAUCAUCAUCUUACUAAUAGGACAUCAAGAAGGGAAUGAAAACUGUACUGCAACCAGUUUGUGAAUUGUUUUUAUUUUUUAUGUAAUGGUAACAAAUUCUUUUAUCUGUUUUGCAGGGAUGCUGCAGAAUGGGAAGAAAUUCGACUCCUCCAGAGACAGAAACAAGCCUUUCAAAUUCAAGAUUGGACGAGGGGAAGUGAUCAAAGGAUGGGAGGAAGGAAUUGCACAGGUGAUUGCAUUACAUGAAACCAUUUGUACACACCUGUGUUUGUUAUUGAUCAGCGUUAAAUAAAGUCAAUGUGUACUAUGAGGGGGUGGCGAUGAACGCAAAAUAAAUGUUUCUUUUUCUUUAAAGGGUUACCCCAUGCACCAUAACCACUUCACUGAUUUGAUGUGGUCAUAUUUUUGGAGUCUGCAUGUGCAGAAUUUCAGUAAGAGAUAGUGAACCUUUCUGCCAGGAGGUAUAAGUUUACCUUCAGCAGGGUCAUUCGCAGCCUGCAAUAUGCGUGUUAAAGGUGUUCUUUGUCAGUGCACGGAUUACCAAUGGUGGCAUGGUCCUCCCCAUCUGUACCUCCCUAAGUUCUUCUAAGUUCUCCAUCAGCCCUGACUUAAGGAUAUCCCUCCUGCUAUAGUGCAGGGUAGUGAUGUCGGGAUUGGCCUACAGGGAGAACUUGGUGUACGCGCAGAAUUAUGAAUUUACGUUUUUCUUUUCUCAAUGGUGGCAGACCCUACCAGUAAGGAUUACCCUAACAAAGAAGCUUUUAUUAAAACACUGGUAUUAGUUUAAUUUAGUUGGAAAGUAGAAAGAUUCAGGGUUACGUUUAUGAGGAGCAAUCCUGGGGGAAUAUUCCAUUUCUGUCCACGGUGACUGCUCCAUUGAAUGUUUGCCCCCAAUUACACUUCAUAAAUUAACCCCAACAGUACUUGCGGGUACAGAGGAGAAAACAGAUCAUCAAUUUUGGUGUUUAGUUAAAUGCCACAACAUCUGAGGAUCUACCUGUUGGGCAGCCCUGAUCUAAAGUUACACAAUAGGGAACAUGUCGUUAACCCUUAAAUCACACCAGCAAGCUGACUUGCUUUAUGGGUUUGGAGAUUUCCUCUCUAAUUUGAAUGACUUUUAACUUUGUUCUUAUAUAGAACAGAUUGUUCCCAUCUUGUGAAACAUUUAAAAAAAAUAAAGUGAACAGAAGGUGAAAGCGCACAAACAGUGGCAUAUUUUACCUUUAAAAUCUUGUAUAGGUCCUAUUUUCAGCAACAGACAGUAACUGUGGACCCUAUAUAUAAUAUAUACAAGAAAACAACAUAGUGUAUACUGUUGAAACCUAUUUACAAUAUGUGGAGAAUAAAAAAGGUUCACUCACACUUUCCAGAGCCACACAAGUUAGGCUCUGGAUCUGAUCCUCCUCUUAGAUGUUUGUAAUAUGUUUUUCUUAGCAGGAACUCAGGAACCAGGUAAGGUGAAGUGUUAGAAUAAACAUUUAUUUGGUAUAAAAUAAUAAAAGCAGAAAUGGCUGACACAGCAGCUAGCAGAACGCGUUUCGACCCUCCUGGAUCUUUUUAAAGUGCAGUAUAUCCUCCCAUUUGCUGACCCACCUAUAUAUGGCUAAAAUUUACUAUAUUGGAGACAGGUGUAGCAGCAGGAAAUGGUAAUUGAAUGUCCAUAUUUGGUCAUUGCAGGAAGCAUCUCACCACCACUAAGAUAAAAGAGAGAGAGAAUAUAGUAAGAAUAAUUUCAUUAAAAAGACAAUGUAAUAGCAGAUACCUAUUUCAAUAAGAACUAUAUCCUUCGCCCAAACGUAUGAAGUAAAUAAUAAAUACAUAAAAAUAUAAAUACAAAAAAAAAAAAAAAAUCUGGUGUGGUGACAGUGAAAGGGCCUUCCUACACAGACUAUUUUUAGCCGUUAGAAAUAUCUGCGACUGCCAUGGGCCCUUCAUGACAUGGUUAGUAAUUACUGCUUAGUCAACUAUUCAUUAAAUAAAAAGGAGACUUUUUCAUAGAUGGAUGAACGUUUUGCUGUAGCAGAAAACCAUUUUGUAGAGCGAUGUCCCUCUUUUGCCUUGGAUUCUUAACUAAUCCUGCUUGGAUGGAAUAUUUUAGAUUGCAAGCAUACUGCACAGGGAAAUCGGAUCAUUCAUCACACAGCUUGCUGCCAGGGCAGUACGUCUGUUAUCCUAAUCAGUGAUUCUAUAUUUUCUAAUUCUGUUUGAAAUGGCGUGUCUUAAAUCCAUAACGGACUCUCGCUUACCAUGGCAGUAGCUAUAUAUUAAAUUAUAUGACUGUGGAUUUUUAUGUAUUUUUCUUUUUUUUCACAUCACUGCCAAUUAGGCAGUUCACUGAGAUAAAUGUUAAUUAUACUACAGAAUAAUAAGUGACAUGAGGGACUGCUCCCAUAAUUUAUUAACCAACCCAUUGUACAUCGCUACGGAAUUUGCUGGCGCUAUAUAAAUAAUAAAAUAAUAAUAUGGAGAUUGCAAAAAAACAAAACAUAGAAAUGCACAGUGGUCAGGUGUAAAGGUAUUUCCUAAGUAACAUUUUUCAAAUUGGGACAUCAAGAACAUCCCUUUAGUUUCCGUGGUGACUGCCCCACAUUUACAUUUAUUGCAAAAAAGAGAGGGCUCUUGGGAUUUGAAAGUAAUUUUAAAUGUUUUUAUUCACAUAAGUCAACAACAAAAAAUAAGUAUCCGUUGAUGUUUCAGUUUACACUUGGACUUUUUAUUUUAUUCAUUUUUUUAAGAGCUUGAAACAUCGACAGAUACUUAUUUUUAUUUUUUUGUUUCCUUAUGUGAGUAAAAACAACAGCAGUAACUAGGUUUCAAAUGCUACAGAAUGUAAACCAGUACACUAUUCUACUGUCAUUACAAAAAAUGUUUCAGUCAAAUAAGUCCGCAUGAUUACCUUAAAACAUGGUAAAUCUAACCUCAUUGACAGAAAUAACAGGACUGAAAAGAUUCAUCUCCUGGGCCACCCUGUUCACAGCGCAUCCACCCAGCGUGUCAUUGCUGACCAGCACUGGAUAGGUUGAUGGAGACAUUCUCUUCUGCAGAUAUGCUGGGCUUGAAAAUUGUGUAACACCACUACUUUCACCCAGCCGCAAUGGCAGAAAUAUGGGAUUUGAUACAUCAUUGCUUGCAAAAAGCAGGAAUCACCAAAAUGGUACAGAACUCCUCAGGUCCUCCAGGUCAUUGACUUUUCUUGUGAUGGUAAAUGGUGGAGGUGCCAAAACAAACUCUGAACAUUACUUCAUGUUUGGUGGGAGUGCUAAAAGAUAGUACAGAUUUGGCAGAAGAUCCCUGCCAUCAUAAUGAGGUUUACUGACAACCCCUCUCUCCCACUUCUAACCAGCCUCUUAUUCGUUCCACCAUACCACAGCAGCUACCUCUGCUACUUCUAUUCUGGUUAAAGGUGGACCUUCCUUUCUUGCAGCUUUGUAUCACCAGAAUGGAGGAGCUCAGAGUCUUGGAGGAGCUGGUGUACAGUUCAUCCGUGCACGUGUAGACAUACACAGCAAUCUGGGCUCGGUAGCUGGAAAGCAUAGCUAGGGGAUGUUUAGAACUUUAUUAUAAAAGUAUUGGGGAUUCCCAAGAUUAUCAGGGUGAACCUGGCCCUAAACACCCUUUCCCCCUUUUUUUCUGACUUUUUUUUUAAUUGUUCUCUUCGAUUAUUUAGCACAUUAAAAAUGUAAAAUGUCAAAAAGGUUGGUUAACUGGCUAUUUGUACUAUUGCACUGAACUCUUAUUUUAUGUUUAUUUUUAUGGAUGUACUGUCCUUACAGUUUUUUGUUUAAAACUGUGUUGAUGUGUUAAAUUUCAAAAUAGAAAUAAAUGUAGUCAUGAUGUAUAUGCAUUAAAUAAACUCUGCCAUUUUCUUUUUUUCCUGUUCCUCCCCAAAACACAUCCUCUACACCAGAUGAGCUUGGGUCAGAGAUCAAUGUUGACCAUCACACCUGACUUUGCGUAUGGAGCAACAGGACACCCAGGAGUCAUCCCACCCAACGCUACCCUUCUCUUUGAUGUGGAGCUUAUGCGAAUAGAGUGAACUGCAUGGAGAAAGGGCUGGCCAGAGAUCUAAUGACACCACCAUCAUCCUCUUCCGUUAUUUACAGCCCUCCUCCCUGCUGGAGCGGAUUGCCAGAUGUCCACUCCAGCAGCGAGAGGGUAAACAAGUCUUCACAUUUAAACGCUCGAGCUGACAAAGGAGGCAGUGACAGCGUUCUCUGCAGCCUCCUCUGACAGCAAAGGGCUUAACAGUGGGACAGGGUUGCACUUAGGUGGGUUGUGAGCAAUCUAUAAGGGACAGACUGAUUCUGAUAAUAAUCACUAGUUUAAGCACAUGAACCAGUUUUCCAGAGGAAUUCUGUAGAUAUAUCUUGGGCACAUCCAUCCCCAAUAGAUGGAAAAUUAAGUGAACAGAACUACUGUUGUGGCAUGAAGACAAGAUGUCCUUACAUUUGACUCGGAACCUAGAAGUGACCCUGUCUUCUGCUUCUGAAAGAGGUAGUCCCAGACAGCAGGGGAUCUAAAUUUAGAAGACUACUACAUUUGUGUUGGCUUGGAAGGGAAAAAAAUACGUACACUAAAAGUGAAACCUUUAUUUUAUAUUUUUUUUUUUAACCAGUUUUAUAGUAAUUACACCUGGUAAUGGUGAUGUAAAGUUAAGUAUAAAAGUAUAAGGAAAUUACAACAACAUACUAAGUUUUGCACCAUUAUUUGGUGCAUAUUUAAACCAAUUUAAGUUGCUUGUCUCAUACAGGUGCAUUUUUUCACAAUGGUUUGUGGGUACCAAGCAAGAAACUGCUUGAUGUACUUGUGGUUUCACGAAACUGUGAUUUAUGGUAACCCAGCACCUUUGUCAAUUUCAUGGCAGCCUUCUCAUUGUAUUUCAUACAGAAUGAUAUAUGUGAUGUAAUGUAAAAUCCACGUUUUUUAUCCCCCUUGGUUGUGGAUUUUUAAAAUAUUAUUAUGAAAUUCCUGCCAGUCAAUGCUGUGUAGUGUCUGAGAUCUGAAAAACACCUUGUGGCCAGCGGUCUUUGCCUGUAGAUCAAUAUUUGGGACAUUUGUUACUAAUAUUUCCGCUGUGUGGGACUACCCCUUGAAGAAUGCUUAAGAAAACUGACCUCUAUUACUGAAAAAGUACACAUCUAAGUAUCUUCCCAGAUCUUGGUCUGUGCCCAGGAGAAGAGUAAAAAAAAAAAAAAUAUAUAAAAAAAAAAAUUACAUUAAAUAUAUAUACAUGCUUCACAACCAGGGGGCGCUCAUUGCUAUUGUUAUUUUACUUUUUUUUUUAAGUCGUGUCAGUACUUUUUGUCUUGAAGCGUAAAGCUUUGUUGCUUUCUGUGAAAAUAUACAAAAAAAAAAAAACAAAAAACCAAGAACAGAAAUUCUGGCUACAACACUAUCUCUAAGUUGUACAUUUUUAUUUUAUUUUUAUUCCACAUUCCCCAGUUGGAUAUUCAACAUACUUCUGGCUACUGUGGAAUUAAUCAUUUUUAAUUUGCAUGUGACAUGACUCACACUAACAAUAAAAUAAUCUUUUUAAAAAAACCACUGCCUUACAGAUGAUCAUUUAGUGACAUAAAGGACGUUGCUCAGAAAAUUCUGUGCACAAUGUAUGCGUUGAUGGGCAUUAAACAGAUAUCUGAACUGUCACACUGACCCAAACCUUUUAUUCUCGCUUGCUGCUGUUUUAAACAAAGCCUCUCCUUUAAAUACAUAUAUACAGAUCUAUAUAUAUGAAGAAACAAAUAAUAAAAGCUCACUACUUUAAAAGUU